AUGUCGUCAUCAACAACAUGUCCUCCUCCAGCACCGGGACUUAAUGUGAUUGCGUUAAUAUCAGGCGGGAAAGACUCGCUUUAUUCCAUCUUGCACUGCAUUCGAAAUGGACAUAAUGUUGUGGCAUUAGCGAAUUUGUAUCCCAACUCAAGCCCCGAGGGCACGGCUGGAGAUGAUGAAGAGGAAGAAGAUAUCGAUAGUUUCAUGUACCAAACUAUCGGACACAGUGUGAUUCCGUUAUAUGAAUCCGCGCUGGGGAUUCCGUUAUAUCGUGCGCCCAUUACAGGGGGCGCGGUGGAUACGUCUCGAAUCUACCGACAAAAUGCGGCGGAUCAGAUGGCUGAGGCUGGUGAUGGUGAUGGUGAUGGCGAUGAAACCGAGUCUCUGAUUCCGCUUCUACGACGGAUUAAGCGGGAACAUCCAGAGGCCAAUGCCGUCUCCGCGGGUGCUAUCUUGUCUACGUACCAGCGGACGCGGAUUGAGAAUGUCGCUGGACGCUUGGGUCUUGUGCCGCUGGCUUGGUUGUGGAUGUAUUCGAUUCUGCCUGCGUCUGAGGAGAGAAAGACAUCGGGGGCGAUGGUCGACGAGGCCGGGUUGUUGGAAGAUAUGGCUGCGAGUGGGUGUGAGGCGAGGAUUAUCAAGGUUGCCUCUGGCGGGUUGGAUGAGGGGUUUCUGUGGGAGGAUGUUUCCGGGGCGGGAGGGGCGGUGCGCAGACGGAUGUUGAAGGGGAUGAGACGGUUUGCUGGGGAAGAGGAGAUUCGGGGUGCGGUUCUUGGAGAGGGAGGGGAGUAUGAGAGUUUGGCGUUGGAUGGACCGGGGUUUCUGUGGAAGCAGAAGAUUGAGAUUGGUGAUGUGCAGGUUCGGAGGGGGGAUGGGGGAGUUGGAUACAUGAGGUUGAAGGGGGCGAAGUGUGUGCCCAAGACGACUGGGCAGGAUGUUACGGCGGAGGCUGUGAGACGGCCGUCGUUGCUGGAUGACUCGUUUGCUGGUGCUUUGGAGGGAUUGGUGUCUUCUUCGAUGGAGGAUGAAUCUACGCCGGCAACGAGAGUGCAGUCAGAGCAAUAUGCAUGGAAGCAUGAACCGAGUCAAUCCAAAUGCGGGAACACAUGGACGAUAUCCAACAUCACUGCCCCCGAGGCUGGUCCUGGGACUGGUGAGCAGAUGGAAGAGAUUGCGAAUAAGACGCAGGCUAUCUUGGAAUCUUCUGUCUACGAGAGCAAUUCUGGUCCCAGAUCAACAGACGAUAUUGUUUUCGCUACAGUGCUGCUUCGUUCGAUGACCGACUUCGCAUUGAUGAAUAGCGUCUACGUUUCAUUGUUUAAAAAGCCCAAUCCCCCGGGGAGAGCCGCAAUUGCUUGUGGGGACAGUCUUCCAGACGGAGUGAACAUCAUGGUUUCAUUUGUGGUCGAUUUGGGCCCAAGAGAUCUACGCCAGGGUCUCCAUGUUCAGUCCCGGUCAUACUGGGCACCGGCUAAUAUUGGACCAUACUCCCAGGCCAUGUCGAUUCCGCUUCAAGGAGGUGGAAACAUGGUGUAUAUUGCUGGUCAGAUACCCUUAGAGCCAGCAUCGAUGGAAAUAGCCGGAGCAGAGAAGCAGUCUUGGGUUGAGGGUUACGCACUGCGGUCUGUUCUCUCCCUCCAGCACCUGUGGAGGAUUGGAACAGCCAUGCAGGUUGAUUGGUGGUUAGGUGUGGUUGCUUUCAUGACGGGACAAGACAUCGAUACCAAAGCCAGAUUGGCAUGGCGUCUCUGGGAGAAAAUGCACAUUCAACCAAAGGAUGAUGAGGAAGAAGAAGAGUCAGCGCUGGAUGCCUGGGAUAUCAAAUGCGGAGGUCGGGGACAUGAGCAGUUGCUGAAUACUGCUGCUAGUACGUUGCCAAAUUUCUCUAUCGUGCAGUCUGAUCCAUCGGUUCCUCCUUUCUUUGCUGUACAAGUCGAGGAAUUGCCUCGCGGCAGCGAUAUUGAAUGGCAGGGUCUGGGUUGCCGGUGUGACCAGUUGAAGAUGACUCUUGGAGAAAUAGACCAGGGAUGCAGUACUGAAACCACUGUCAACGAUGGGUUGAGGUAUACCGGCAUCGAAAUUGGCAUCGAGCAAGCUGGUUCGAAUCUGGAGACAUGUUUACGGCAAAUCUUGGACAAGUAUUGUCAGACUCCCACAGCAUCCCAUGCUGUCGUCUAUACAGCACAAUCGUUGCCUGGGGAUCUCUGGCCUGGCCAGGUUGUUCUCUGCACGUCACUCUGGGGCCAGAAAGGCCGGAAAUUGGUGGCGGGCGUUAUUGUACAGAUGAAAUCUCCGGAUGGGACGGCCUAG